GUGUGCGAUCCCGGACAGCUAUUACGCAAUUAUGUUUAACCAGUGGACGAAAACAGGAUGUUUAUGUAUAGAUGUUUAUAUAUAAAUCUGAUAUCUAGUUAUAGAUGUUUAUCUUGUAAUAAUCCGUACAGAGCAAAGAAUCCAAUCAUUAAUGAAGAUGGGUAGAAGUCUAGCCUCAUCGUAUUAUGACUUCAGUGAAAAACUGAACUUUUAUUGGACAAGUUUAAUUCUUCUACUGUUUGUUUUUCUGGUUGCUGUGCUUAAAUAUGUUUUUUUGGGGUCGUUGAUCAGCUGCUUGACCCCUGUCCAUUUCCCAAAUCCAAUGGGUAAUUACGCCCACACGGUAUGUUGGGAAAACGACAAAUUUUACAUUCCACUGGAUGAUGAGUCAUUAGUCCCUGAACAAAAUUUAAGAAACGAUAUGUCAACAGCGACAUUCCAUACCUGGAUUCCAGUCGUUCUAAUAUUUAUGAUGUUAGGAUUCCAGAUACCACGUGGUGUCAAGCUGGUGUGUGAUUUAUGUUUAGGAAAUCCGACCAACACAAUUAGCGAUAACCAGACAGAGAAUGCUGAACAACUAGCUCAGAUCAUCAGAGAAUCUCGGUAUCAAAGCUCAUUCAUUAGAACUCUAUCCUUCAUUAUUGUCAAAAUCUUGGUUGUAGUCAAUAUUUUGAUCCAGUUAAUAUUUGUCAAAUUGUAUUUCCGAAAUUCUGUCAGAUAUGAGGCCAUUGAAAGUUACGAUUCGGAUUUGGACGAGAUAGUUAAUAAAACCACCCCUGUCUCCGUUUACAUUUUCCCUAAAUCCAUUUUAUGCGAUUUUUCCAUCAAACAGUUUGAAUCCGUUCAAAGUUACACCAUCCAAUGUAACAUGCCCAUCAACUAUUUAUACGAACAGUUUAUUCAUAUUUUCUGGUUUGGGCUUUUGGGUGUCGGUAUUUUCACUGGACUCGUUCUGGUCGUUCAGUUGGCCUCGCUUACUAUACCGCCAUUUGUCAGACUUCGAUUCCGUGGAAUUAUUCCCGAAAAAGAAUUGAAUCAACGAAAUUUUUCUAUCGAUGAUUCGUUGUUGAUGUUGUUGGACAUUGAGAAUAGAUCUGGCUUGAGCAUGGCGCGCACGGUAGCCACCCUUUUGUUCCAGUCAUCAGGAGACGACGCGUUAACAAGUAUUCCCAUGACGACUAAUGGUGCAAAUGCCCAGACUCAUACCAGCCCGCCCCCUGGCGUUGACGAGAGUAAAUAUAAUAGACUACAAGACUCGUGUAAGAUGUAAAUACUGGUCAUUUUUUUUUAUACGCAACUUAUGCUUUCUUUGCACAAUUAGUCCCGCUUAAGAAUGACACGAAGCAAGUUGACCGACAUUCCUACAUCAACGAUUUCAUUCGAAAAUACUAAGCAUAUAUUAAGAAUUUCCCCCCCCCCCGCUUCCAUUUAAUAACAAUUUAUUAUUAUACUUAUUAUCAUAUGUAACGCUUUAUAUUUUAUUAUCAUACUUUAUGAGAAUAUUUAAAGCUCUAUAUUUUAUUAUCAUACUUUAUGAGAAUAUUUAAAGCUCUAUAUUUUAUUAUCAUACUUUAUGAGAAUGUUUAACACUAUAUAUUUUAUUAGUAUACUCAAUGAGAAUAUUUAACACUCUAUAGUUUAUUAUCAUACUUUAUGAGAAUAUUUAAAGCUCUACAUGUUAUUAUCAUACUAUAUGAGAAUAUUUUAUGCUCUUUAUUUUAUUAUCAUACUUUAUGAGAAUAUUUAAAGCUUUAUAUUUUAUUAUCAUAAUUAAAUGAUAAUAUUGGAAACUCCACAUUUUAUUAUCAUACUUUAUGAGAAUAUUUAAAGCUUUUAAUUUUAUUGGAAGCUCCACAUGUUAUUAUCAUAUUCUAUGAGAAUAUUUAAAUCUUUAUAUUUUAUUAUCAUACUAUAUGAGAAUAUUUAAAGCUCUACGUUUUAUUAUCAUACUAUAUGAGAAUAUUUAAAGCUUUUAAUUUUAUUGGAAGCUCCACAUGUUAUUAUCAUAUUUUAUGAAAAUAUUUAAAGCUUUAUAUUUUAUUAUCAUACUAUAUGAGAAUAUUUAAAGUUAGAUAUUUUAAUGCCAUACUUUAUAAGAAUGUUGAAAUCUCUACCUUUUGUUAUCAUAUUUUAUAAGAAUAUUUAAAUCUCUAUCUUUUAUCAUCAUACUUUAUGAGAUUUUGUAAAUUGUAUUUACCGCAGUUAUGUAAGGUUUAAUAUUCAACUGGGACAUUGAAGAAUAUACAAUCUUCUGUACACUCUACGUCACUCGAGCAGACCACAAGCCGAUAGGUUGGGAUUACAUCUUUAAGAUUAUUUAACUUUCUGUAAAUUUGAACCUAAAAUUCAUUUUAAUCUAUGGUCAUAAUUCAAUUAAUAAUCUAAAUUUAGACUACCGGCUUCAUUUGAAUGAAAUCCAAUAUUUUAUAAUGUUUCAAUAUGUUUGUAAUACAUACAUAAUAAAACUAAAAUCCAUA